UCCUCUCUCCGGACAUCAGGCUCCUUCGCACCCCCUCCCCUGGGAGCCCCGCGGCGUCGUGCCCCCACCUUCCCCCAGGGGGCCAUGGCCACCAUCCCGGACUGGAAGCUACAGCUGCUAGCCCGGCGCCGGCAGGAGGAGGCAGCCGUUCGUGGCCGGGAGAAGGCAGAGCAGGAGCGGCUGUCCCAGAUGCCAGCCUGGAAGCGGGGGCUUCUGGAGCGCCGUCGGGCCAAGCUUGGUCUGUCUCCUGGGGAGCCUAGCCCGGUGUCGGGGACGACGGAGGCUGGACCUCCAGACCCAGAUGAGUCUGCUGUCCUCCUGGAGGCCAUCGGGCCGGUGCACCAGAACCGAUUUAUUCGGCAAGAGCGCCAGCAGCAGCAACAGCAGCGGAGUGAAGAGCUGCUUGCGGAGAGACGGCCUGGGCCUUUGGACGCCUGGGAGCGGAGACCCAGCCCUGGGGAGGUGCGGGAUCAGAGCCCCAAGGGAAGAGAGUCCAGAGAAGAGCGGCUUAGUCCCAGGGAGGCCAGAGAGAGGAGGCUGGGGGUAGGGGGAGCUCGAGAGUCGAGCCCCAGGCCUUCGGAGGCUCGGGACUGGAGGCAGAGCCCAGGAGAGGCUGGAGACAGGAGCUCCAGACUGUCAGAGGUGCGGAAGUGGAGGCUGAGCCCUGGAGAAACUCCAGAGCAGAGUCUGAGACUGGCAGAGCCUCAAGAACAAAGCCCCAGGAGAAAAGAGGUGGUGGAAAAUAGACUGAGCCCAGUGGAGCCUGACAAGCAGAAGUUGGGCCUGACAGAGGCCCAUAAAUGGAGGCCUAACUCCGGAGAGUCUGAGGAACAGAGUUUGGUACACCUGGAGGCAUCAGAGUGGAGGCUGAGCUCAGGAGAAGAAAGAAAAGAAGAGAGGCCGAUUCCAAGGAUGGUCCCAGAAGAGAUUACAGUGUCGUCAGAGACCCUGACAAGGGAGGCUCCAGACAGCAGCUUUGGAGGAGUGGAGGCAGCAGAGCAGAGGCCCACCCCUGCGGAGGAUGGCGAGAGGGGCUUGAGGCUGACAGAAGGGUGGAAAUGGACCCUGAGCUCUGGGAAGGUUCGAGAUUGGACACCCAGGGACACAGAGACUCAAACUCAGAAACCAGACCCUCCAGAGUCUUCUGGGAAGCACCUGGGUCCUCUCGGUGCAGGGACUGGAGAAGGGGAGGCUGAGAAGGAGGAGGCAGGGGCUCAGGGCAGGCCUCUGAGCUCCCUGCAGAACCGCUGCUCUGUGCCCUCCCCCCUCCCACCAGAGGACGCUGGGACUGCAGGCUCUAGACAGCAGGAAGAGGAAGCAGGGGAACUCCGGCCCCCACCAGCAGCCCCUCUGUCUCCCCCACCCCCAGCCCCACCUGCCCCCCAUUCCCCUGGGGAUCCCCUCAUGAGCCGACUGUUCUAUGGGGUGAAGGCAGGGCCAGGGGUGGGGGCCCCCCGCCGCAGCGGACACACCUUCACAGUCAACCCCCGGCGGUCCAUGCCCCCUGCAGCCCCUACCACUCCAGCCACGCCAGCCACAGCUGAUGCUGCAGCCCCUGGAGCUGGGAAGAAGCGGUACCCGACUGCCGAGGAGAUCUUGGUUCUGGGGGGCUACCUCCGCCUCAGCCGCAGCUGCCUUGUCAAGGGGUCCCCUGAAAGGCACCACAAACAGCUCAAGAUCUCCUUUAGCGAGACAGCCCUGGAGACCACAUACCAAUACCCCUCCGAGAGUUCGGUGCUGGAGGAGCUGGGCCCGGAGCCUGAGGCCCCCAGUGCCCCCAGUCCACCUGUGGCCCAACCCGACGACGAAGAGGAUGAGGAGGAACUGCUACUGCUGCAGCCAGAGCUCCAGGGCGGGCUGCGCACCAAGGCCCUGAUAGUGGAUGAGUCUUGCCGGAGGUGACCCUCUUCCAACACAGGGAUAUACCUCCCUUCUUCCCAGAACUGAAGAUCCUGGAGUCCAGAAGAUUCAGAGCAGACAGACCCUGAACAUGAGCCUGGCAGGGAAGAGCAACCAACAUCUUCCAGCUUGCUUUCCUCAUCCUGUUUCUGGGGGCCAGAGGCAACCAUGCAGUUUCCACCCUCAUCAGACAUACUGGUGUAUCCUAGGUGAUCCAAGAUCCCCAUCAAGUCCUGGGGAGGAGCACAGAGCUCAUGGGGGAGGGGGGGUAGAGAUGGAGCACCCUCUCCCCCUCUCAAUCUCCAUGGGCAGGGUACACUCUCCCCACAGCCUUCCUCGACUCCUCAUCACCCCCUGGGGCUCUCAGGAUUUAAGUACCCAUCUCCCUGGGAGACCUGGCCCCCACUGCACUUACAGGCACCUCUCCCUCCUGUUCCUUAGGUCACUGCCCCUUUGUUUACAGUGCCUGCAUUCUCCCUUGACCACAGCCUGGUUUACAAAACCCUCCCAGUUCCUAGCCCCACCUGCCAAAGUCCCGGGUUUACAAGCCACGCCUACUUGCGUGUCCAGGUAGCAUCCUCUCCCCUGUUCCCUGAAGUCACCUCUUUGGGGUGACCUGGGGGUAUGGCUUUCUCCACUUUUGCUCAGUAUUACUGUCUCAGUUUUCCCCCAGAGGGAAGGCUGGGAACCUUAACUCUGUAUCCCCCUCUAGUUAUUUAAUUCUGUUCCUCGUAGUGGUCCAUGAUUGAAUUGAAUGGCAAGGGCAUGGAGUGAGUAAUGAGGCACCGCAAGUCUCUUCCCCCAUUUCUCCUUCCUUCUCAAUUGCCUGGUUUUUUGUUUUUGUUUUUUUAACUUUCCUUAAUAAAAUGGAGCUCUCUCCGA